UCUUUGAUCCUCCAAUGCUCUCGCCGUCUCCAUCGACGGCAGCGGCCUCGGACUCGCCAGCCUCGCCAGCCUCAUCGCCGUCUCGAUCCAGCUCCAACUCAUCUCCAAGCGCCGACCUCGAGCUUCCCGACAGCCCACACACUCAGUCGGUCUCGUGCCCACCGACGCACCAAGACCUCCUUCCAGCCCUGCCGCUCAAUGCCCUGUCGGCUCACGGCCCCUCUCGUCCAGCUGCGAACCCACCAACGAAUCCGCCCACCAACCCGGUUCUGGCCAGCCGCUCCCGCUCCGCCGUCGAUCGCUCCGAGAUCCUCAAGGCUCGCAUGGAGCGCAACCGCAUCUCGGCCCACAACUCGCGCGAGAAGAAGCGCAAGCACGUCGAGGAUCUCGAGUCGCAGAACUCGCUGCUUGUCGAGGAGAACAGGGCCGUCUGCAAGCGGGUCAAGCUCCUCGAGGACCAGAACUCGCAGCUGCACGACCAGCUGA